CCACGAGGAAGAGUAUAGCCGGUAUGUAAUGUAACAGACUCGCGGCGCAUUUUAACAGUCAUCACCCAAUUCGUCCCCUCUUCCCCCAACCUUCGCGGCGGCGCUUUCUAGUCUGCUCUACGACCAACUCAAACUAAUAAAAAGCCAUACAAAAUGUCUGUUAUUACACAUACGCCAUUUCCAACCGCCCACCUUUGCUCCCAUGCUCCGAACCACACUAAAUCAUUCCUUCCCCCACCGAUGAUCCUCCCAAAACUCAAACCCCUCCGUCACCUCUCCUAUCACCUACGCCGCCGAGGCCUUGCUAUCUCCGCCGCUGCCGUCCGCCAAGACACCACUCUCUGGACUUCUGCUCCGCUGUUAGAAGUCUCCCCAGCUGCUGAGUCUCUUUUCCACGUCGCCAUCGACGUUUCUGAUUCCCUGGACCUCGCCUCCUCCUAUACCAAGGCUGGCCAGUACCUCCAGCUCCGCCUCCAGGACCCCAAUACAAAACCCUCCUUCCUCGCAAUCGCGUCCCCGCCUUCUACCGCCGCGUCGAAGGGAGUUUUCGAGUUCCUCGUGAAAUCCAUCACGGGGUCCACCGCGGAGAUCCUUUGCGGGCUGCGGAAGGGUGAUGUAGUAGAAUUGAGUCAGGCAAUGGGUAAGGGAUUUGAUAUUGAUCAAAUAUCCCCGGCCGAGAAUUAUCAGACAGUACUCAUUUUCGCCACUGGAUCUGGAAUUAGCCCAAUACGGUCAUUAUUAGAAUCAGGUUUUGGUGCGGAGAAGAGAUCUGAUGUCAGACUCUAUUAUGGUGCUAGAAAUCUUAAUAGGAUGGCAUAUCAGGAAAGGUUUAAAGAGUGGACUUCAUCGGGAGUCGAAAUUGUGCCAGUAUUAUCUAAGCCAGAUGAUAGCUGGACAGGGGAGCAAGGUUAUGUUCAGGCUGCAUUUGCUAGAGCCAAAAGAAUCUUCAGUCCUCGGUCUACUGGGGCAGUGCUUUGUGGACAAAAACAGAUGGCUGAGGAGGUUACUUCUAUUCUUGUGGGUGAUGGUGUAUCGAGCGAGAAGAUUCUAAAGAACUUCUGAAUACCAUAAUUUUGGAGGUUGCAAUGUUGUAUUAUUGUAAUUACUCCUCGCAUUCAUUCAUUUUGAGCUGCUGAGACUCAAUUAGCUCAGUUUAAAGCUACAAAAUAAAACCAAUUUUUGCUACACCUCAUAACUGUUGCAACUUUCAAUCCGAUUAGGUAAAGGAUGCAUUUUAAGUUAACCAAUUUUUAUGAAAAUUAUAGUCCUACUUAAUAUGGGAGAAUGUGAACAACUCAAACUCAUAAAUGUAUUUCAUGGAAAGAGAAGACAGCAAUUUUGCAUUCUAUGAAUUGAGAGUACAAAGGAUGGAUUGCAUUUUC